AUGGUAGCUAUUUUUCAUGACAUGAUCGAAGACUCCAUGGAGGUAUUCAUGGAUGAUUUCUCUGUUUUCGGGAGUUCUUUCGAUCAAUGUCUUGGAAAUCUGAAAAGAAUGUUAAUGAGAUGUGAGGAAACUAAUCUUGUGCUUAACUGGGAGAAGUGCCACUUCAUGGUGAAAGAAGGGGUAGUUCUCGGACACAAAAUCUCUGAAGCCGGAUUGGAAGUAGAUCCAGCGAAAGUGGAUAUCAUUUCUAAACUUCCUCCCCCAACCUUGGUCAGAGCGAUUAGAAGUUUCCCGGGUCAUGCAGGGUUCUAUAGGCGAUUCAUAAAAGACUUUUCAAAAAUCGCAAGACCUAUGACCCGUUUGUUAGAAAAAGAUGUUCCAUUUGUGUUUUCAGACGAGUGCAUGAAAGCGUUCAAGCAGCUUAAGCAAAGGUUUAUCGAAGCCCCUAUUUUAGUUGCACCUGACUGGGCAUUGCCAUUUGAGAUAAUGUGCGAUGCUAGUGAUUACGCAAUAGGAGUAGUCUUAGGACAACGAAGGGAGAAGCAUUUUCAACCUAUUUACUAUGCCAGCAAAACUCUACACGAUGCUCAAGAAAAUUACACGACUACAGAGAAAGAGCUUUUGGCAGUAGUUUAUGCUUUCGACAAAUUCAGGUCAUACCUUGUGUUGUCCAAAACAAUUGUGUAUACGGAUCAUGCAGCAAUCAAAUACCUUUUUAGCAAACAAGACGCAAAACCACGUCUUAUCAGAUGGAUCUUGUUACUACAAGAAUUCGACAUUGAAAUCCAAGACAAAAAGGGAGCUUUGAAUGUUGUAGCCGACCAUGUCUCGAGACUUGAGCAUGGAAGUUCUGAAAAUUCGUUGGAAGAACCAAUAAAUGACAAUUUCCCCCACGAAUUCCUUUUGAGUAUCGAGAUGAAUGACGAGUCACCAUGGUUCACCGACUUUGCAAACUACUUCGCAUGUGGAAUCCUUAUCAAAGGAUUGUUAUAUCAGCAAAAAAGGAAGUUCUUUGCAGAUUUGAAAUAUUAUAUUUGGGACGAACCAUACUUGUUUAGAAUCGGAGUCGAUCAGGUGAUCCGAAGAUGUGUAUUUGGAGAAGAGGCAGCUAGCAUUCUGCACCAUUGUCACGAAGGGCCAACCGAAGGUCAUCAUGGAGCAAACUACACUACAAAGAAAGUUUUAGACUCUGGGUUUUACUGGCCCACAAUCUUUCGUGAUGCGCAUGAAUGGGUUAGAGCGUGUGAUGCUUGCCAGAGGGCAACAAAUAUAUCCGCACGAAAUGAAAUGCCUCAACAUCCAAUGCAAGUCUCCUCACGAGGUAACAAAUACAUCCUAGUUGCUGUAGACUAUGUCUCAAAAUGGGCCGAAGCUCAAGCUUUGCCCACAAACGAUGCUAGGGUAGUCGUGAGAUUGGCUACGCCAUAUCACCCUCAAACCAGCGGGCAAGUUGAGGUCACAAAUCGGGGUUUGAAAAGAAUCCUUGAGCGGUCCAUUAAUAACAACUGCAAGGAUUGGUCAGAUAAGCUAGAUGACGCUCUGUGGGCUUUUAGAAUAGCAUUCAAGACACCUAUUGAGACCACACCCUUUAGGUUGGUUUAUGGAAAAGCCUGUCAUCUACCUGUCGAGCUAGAACAUAGGGCAUAUUGGGCCUUGAAAACGGCAAAUAUGGAUUUGAAGAGCGGAGGUGAAGCCCGUUUUCUGCAGAUUCACGAGCUCGAGGAGCUAAGAAACCAUGCCUAUGAAAGUUCUAGCAGGUACAAAGAGCGAGUCAAGAGGUUUCAUGACAAAAGAAUAAAAGAACAUAAAGAUUUCCGCGUUGGAGAUCUUGUUUUGUUAUACUCCUCGCGACUGCGUUCAUUCCCCGGGAAAUUGAGAUCUCGAUGGACGGGCCUUAUACGAUCAAAGAAGUAUUUUCAUACGGAGCCGUUAUCAUCGAAAAUUUAUGCGGGGAAACAUUUAAAGUCAACGAUGAAUCACAGAUUCCUCCAGUUCAGCGAGAACAAAGCGAGAGAACAACCAUGUAUUGCCAGACUAGAAACAUUAUGGAAUAGACGGGGACAAAUCGGUGCACCAAGAAGGAUCAACUGGGAUACUCUGACAGCCCUAAACCAAGAAGAGAGGCUAUCUAAUAUGAUGUCACAUCUGAUGUCAAGGUUGUUCAACAUUGCACGACCCGUUUAUCUUGAACUAUCAUUGGAAUUCUUUGCUUCAUACACUUAUGAAAAGCCAAGAAGCGAGAAUCCAGACUUCAAAAACUGA